AUGUUACCGUGGAGUAAGGUGGAGCAACAUGAAGGAAAUUGUCAUUACAAGACCAUAAAGUGCCCCGUAUGUUUCGGCGAGAUAUUAAUCGAUCGUCUUGGAGAACAUAUCACCGACAAACACAAGGAGAAUAUAAACAACGACUUCAGUAAGAAUGGUUGGCGAAUCCAUAUAAGAAAUAACUAUAUAUUCUUUGUCGAAGUAGAUAGACAGUACUUCUUCAUUUACAUUCGACAGUGGAAUAGGGUAGCUGUUAUGAGUACCAGAUACAGCAAAUACACUAAGUUUAAUGUUAAACUGAAAAUAAAUGCAGAAGAUUACUAUGCGGUGUCUAUCGAUAAUCUGCCCGUUAUUCCCUAUAAUAAUAACAUAGAUAAAAUUAAUGCAAAUAAUUUUACGAACAAACUUAGCAAUAACCUUACCAACAUCUUUAAUAACUGCUCUACUUAUAUAAGGUUUUACGUAACAUUAAUCGCUGACGAAUCUGUGGAUGCAGAUAAAUCCAAGGACGAAAAAGGUAGAAAGGAACAGGAACAAAAUCCCGUACAGUUCAAUGUGGAGGUUAAUAGGAAAGCUCUGACAUGUCCCUACUGCGUGACGUAUAUGGCAGCUCCAAUAUUCGCGUGUGUUAGUGGCCACACCAUCUGCAUGGAGUGUAAAUCUCGAUUGGAGAAAUGCCCCACAUGCCAGGCUUCUCUUGAUGGACCAAGAAUUUACACCCUGGAGGAGAUGGCCGACGACGUGGAAAUACCCUGCCAAUUCAACAUCAAUGGGUGUCCGUUGAUAGGCAAUGUCUCCAGAUUGCGUACGCACGAAUCGGAAUGCAUGUUCAGUCAAACUUCUUAG